AUGAAAGACGCCAACAUCUCCAAGUCGAUUCUCAGCGUCUCGUCUCCAGGAACUCAUCUUGUUCCCGGAAACGACGAGUUGGCGCGCAACAUCACCCGAGAAGUCAACGAGUUUGCCGCCGACCUCAAGAAGCGCCUGCCUGAGCAAUUUGGCUUCUGGGCCUCCCUGCCUCUUCCGGACAUCGAGGGCAGUCUUGCCGAGCUGGCGUACGCUCUCGACGAGCUCAAUGCAGACGGUGUCGUUGUCAUGACCAACGCCCACGGAGUCUACCUCGGCAACGCGACCCUUGA